CUGCUGGGCGAAGGAUCAGCCAGUCAGAUGCCUGUCUGGGCUUCAAGGAGCGACUGCGUGACCAAUGAGUUGUCUGUCUGGCUGCACCGAGAGGGCGAACGUCUGUCGAGGCCCAAUCAGGGGCUCAGUGCUGCCUGCCGGUGCCGGGGACUGGUGGUGAGGAGCCGCUGCAGCGCGUCAGGACCGGACCGUGAACCCGGAGACGGUACACACUGAGGCGAAAGUAGACACAGGAUGGAGCGGAUGUCUGAGGAGGCGCUGAGGCUCAACCUGCUGAAACGAGGUCUGGAUUCACCCAGCGAGCGAGAGGAGGCUCUGGCCAAGCGCCAUAAAAUGGAGGGUCAUGAGGCUAUGGAGCGCCUAAAAAUGCUGGCACUACUUAAGCGCAAAGACCUCGCUGACCUAGCAGCACUGGAGGUCACAGGGCCCCUGGGAGACGGGAAGGGUCCCGGAGCCAGUGCCCUCCACCACCAGAGUCUAAUGAGUGCUGCUUAUGAGGAGAAGCUGAAUGGAAGCCUGAGGCUGGGAGGUCAUGGUGGCCAUGUUGGACCCAGUAAGAAUGGGAAGGAGAACAUCCUGGAUGAGCCGGUGGAUAUGAGCGCUGGGAGAAGAUGUGAUGUGGAGCAUGACAGGCAGACACCAUCUCCAGAUGUCAUCAUCCUGUCAGACAAUGAGGUGUCCAGCCCCAGAACAACACCUCGCCCCGAGGAGCGCCUGCACCAGGCCAACCUGGACAUGUUCAAGGGGAAGUCAGGAGAGGAGAGGCAGCAGAUGAUCAAGGCUCUGAGAGAGGAGCUGCGUCUGGAGGAGGCUCGCCUGGUGCUGCUCAAGAAGCUCAGGCAGAGCCAGAUGCAGAAGGAGAACGUGGUGCAGAAGGUCCCGGUGGUCCAGAACGCCGCGUCCUCUGUGCAGCCUCCUCCCAUCCACAGCUCUCCUGGCCUGGGGAAGCUACCUGUGAGACCCGGCCUGCACAACCCUGAACCCCAGAACCUCCGUACUGCACAGGGGCAUACAGUCAUAAGAUCAGCAGCUAAUGCCAGCCUGCCACCCAUGCUGAUGUCCCAAAGAGUGAUAGCCCCAAACCCUGCCCAGCUUCAGGGCCAGAGGGUCUCCUCCAAGCCUGGGAUGUCUCGCUCCAGCUCCAGCAGCAUGGCCAGUGCUGUCAGCUACCAACAGGCUAGCCAGCAGGUAGCAGCUUCCCAGCGCUCUGGCUCCAGUGCCAUGUACAUGAAUCUGGCUCACAUGCAGGCCGCAGCGGCAGCGGCGGGGGGCGGUCAGCUAGCGGGUGUGAGUUCACUGGGCGACCAGGCCAGCAGCCAGGCAGCAGCCAAGCUGGCCCUGAGGAAGCAGCUGGAGAAAACCCUGCUGGAGAUCCCUCCACCCAAACCCCCCGCCCCGCUUCUCCACUUCUUGCCUUCUGCUGCCAACAGCGAGUUCAUCUACAUGGUGGGCCUGGAGGAGGUGGUACAGAGUGUGCUCGACAGUCAGGGUAAACUCAGAGGGACACUGGCCCGCAUGGAGCCUUUCUUCUGCGCCCAAUGCAGAACCGACUUCACCCCUCACUGGAAGCAAGAGAAGAGUGGGCGAAUCCUCUGUGAGCAGUGCAUGACAUCCAAUCAGAAGAAGGCUCUGAAGGCAGAGCACACCAACAGGCUGAAGAACGCCUUUGUUAAGGCCCUGCAGCAGGAGCAGGAGAUCGAACAGAGGCUGCAGCAGCAGGCGGCCCUCUCUCCCAGCUCGGCCCCUACUGGCCCCAGCGCCUCCAAGACUGACUCCAUGAUCCGACAUCAUGCCCUCCGCCAGGCCCCCCAGCCCCAGGCCUCACUGCAGCGAGGUCUGUCCAACUCAGCACAAGGCGUCUUGUCCAACUUCGCCCAGGCUUCCCAGCUGUCAGUGGCCAGUAGCCUCAUGGGAAUGACUAGUGCUAAGCACUGUGGCAGCGGUGGAGGCAGCAGUAGCAGCAAUAGACUGCAGCAUGACAGCCGCCGGCAGAUCUACAACAUCCCAGGGUUAAACAUUGCCUAUCUGAACCCAGCGGCAGUUGGAGCCCAUAAGAGCUCCAGCUUAGCAGACCGGCAGAGAGAGUACCUGUUGGACAUGAUCCCGCCUCGAUCCAUAUCGCAGUCCAUCACCGGACAGAAAUGAGCACUGGCCGGCCCUACUGCCCCUUUGAUGCCACCCCAUCUUGCCUUCUUACCCCUGAUGCCGAAGCACUCCCAAAUCAACCAACAUCCCCACCCGCCCAUAGCAUGCAGUGCCUGUCCGUGUGCCUACCCAUGAAACCCCACCACCGAGUCGGAGAAAGACACUAACCUGUCAGUGCAUCUCAAAUGUUCUUAUUAUGGUAAAACUCUUUGUCAGCAUUGUUUAACCGUUAUAAUUCCCAUUAUUAUCGCUGUUGAGAGCACUAUUAUUAUACUUGCAGCUACUGUUUUUGCUUCAGUUACUCAUUAUGCUUUUUUCUUUUCUAAUUGUUUGGUCCAUUUUGUUUCUUUGCCAUCUCUCCUUUACUACGGGGAGUGACGGUGGAUCAUUGUAGGGUCGAUUCAGGCCACGAUCAUAUAGGAUUUUUUUUCCUCCACUCCGUUACCGAGCUUGGAUGUGACUUGCUAGUGACAGAAGAUCAACAGGGUGCAUUGUGGUUGCUAUGCAACAUAAAGUUUAACAACUUUGAAGCUUUGUAAGAAGUGUUAGCUCGCUAACUUGAAGUAACAAAGUGGAAAAUGCUGAUAGGAGCAAAAACAGACAAUAUUAAGUUAGUCAUUGCUCUGCUUGCUCUUGAAAAGGGAAUAGAGAGCCUGUUCUAAAGGAGGAGGAUGUGAACAGGGGAAGGGCAUGCAGGCGAGAGCGAAGCACCGCACUUGUCAUCACAUCAGAGGGACCUUUUCAAGAGCUGCUUUUGCACCGACACACAGCUAAAGCUCAGCUUGGAGUUCAGGCCGGCGUCAGAGCUAACGAAGUGGAAACAACUGACAUAAGAGAAUCCUAUGUGAUCAGCUAGUCGCUGCCCACCAUCCCUCAUCCAAAGUUCGUCAUUGGUUCCUUCAUUUCAGACGUCAGUCUCCCAUUACAGAUGUGAACCAGGUGGAUGUACGUGGGACUUGGUGUAGUUGUACCAGUCAGAGCAGACAGACACGGCACCAUCUCCACUGAGCAGUUCAGCUGUUCAUACAGACUGCAGUGAGGAGUGAGCUGAUAGACAGGAGGAUGUCGUCUCCGCACUCACCCAGCAUUCACGGGGGUGACGGGCUCCACUCCUGGUUCCAUCCCAUCCCGCUUCCUACCACUGGCCCCUCCGUGGCCCCCCUCAGCAUCUCUGAUUAUCCAGUAUGCACAGACUGAACCCUUUUCACCCGGCAACCCCUCCUGGCAUCACAUGUUAUGAACUCAAAUCUGUAGGUGUAAACACAUUUUGUGUCCAAGCCACAGGUUCUGUACCUAGAAACAUACAAAUCUGGGGUUGUUUUCUUCUUCUCUUAGUUUUUAUAUUGUUUUCUGGUUGUCACCCACCCUUCAAAAAAAAAAAACUUUCUUUAUUUUGCUAUGUUUAUUUGUUUGUUUUUGCGGCGUCUCCUAAUGAAAUGGCGGCAUACCUGAGAGGUAUUAGCCCCUGGAGACGAUAAUAAUCAACAUAGCUAAAACUAUUGAAAUAUCUGUAUGGAGUAUGUAUAGAUACCUAGCUUCAGAGAAAAAAAAGGAUGUGGAUUAUAUGUUUUAUGGGAGAGACAUGGAUCAAUCAUUGUGUGUGCACUCUGCACACAAGUCACCUCACUCCAGAGGAGCACUUUGCAUAUUUCCAAUUGGAAAAACAAGGAGGUAAAGAAUGUUACAAAUGAGUGGCGAAGGUCUGGAUACUGGCUGAUGGCAGAUUGGAGUCAGAGGACAUGCCACUGAGGUGUGUUUUAAUGGAUCAUGAAUGGGUUCAUCCUAAAUGACUUUGCCAGUGUUGAUAAAUGUUGGAGUGUACAUGUGGGUCUCCACAAUCCCCCCCACCCCCCCGGUGCCCAGUGCACUGGGUCGCAGGCAGCCGUAAGCUGCCGCUGGCCUGAGUACAGAUGCCAGCAUCAGAAGAAGCUGACCCCUCUGUCUGAUAAACCCAGCAGUAACUCAGUAAUUCAGUAUUCGCUUCACACAAGGUCCUUCCAUGAUGAGUGAUUUCAGCCAGGCAGUGAAUGGUUCCCUCCUCUGUGGACAAGGUGAAUCCUGCUCGGUUAAGGCAAUUUAGGUGCAUUUGUUGUUGUUUGUGGCCUCAGCACUGGGCUCCAUGAUUCAGUUAAUGCAAACCUUAACACAUUUUCCUGAUCUGCCUGUUUGCACAGUGUGUCAGCAUUUCUUCAGUGUGACUGAAUCAUAGAGCAUCAGAGUGCUGAGCUCACAAACGGAGCUAUCGCUGCCCACGCUUAUUAAGCACAGGCCUUCAGUCAGUAGUGCCACAAACCAGCAAUAAGUGGCAGUAAGUAGUUCUUGCAAAGCGUUGAGCUGUGUUUGGGAUCAUCAUCCUGCUGUAGUCUGAAUCCUUCUUUUCAGACAUGCAGACCAGAAGUCGGGGAUAGUCGAUUCAGGUGUCCAACACCUCCUGACUUCCCACCACCAUGCUCUGAGCCCGCUAUUAGGCGGCAUACCUCACAGAAUGUUUGCUGACUGGAGUUUUGUGUUCUUUACUUAGCAGAUUCUCUACUGUUCAUUGAACAAAGCUUGAUGUAUUGAUCUUCUUUGGGUAUACAACAGAUCCACAAAGGCUUAGAGCGCUGCGCAUUGCCCUUUAAGAAACCUUCAGUCUAGCCAUGAUUUAGCUCUGAUGCUGUGUUUCCCACUACCACAGUGCUACUUGCUAAGCAAUGUUCUGCUGGAAACCUGUGGCGCAGCCAUAUUUAUAACAAGUAGUAAUUAUAAAUCAAUAAUAUACUUUAUUUAUAGAGCAGUAUAGUACAGAAGAAAAGUACAAAAUAAUAUAAAACACUCAAAACAGCACAAUGAGGAGCAGAGGGAACAUCAGAUCUGUCAUCAGAGGCAGUGCUAAACAGGUGGGGUUCGAGCAGUUGUCUGAAGGCGGACAAGUUGGUAGUCAGAAGUCGGAGGGUGGAGGACAAGUCUCUGAGUAGAUCAGACUGUCAUGUGUCCAGUGGACAGGAUACAUGGGAGCUCUGGCCUUUAGCACAAAGGAGUCAACAUGGAAAACCACAGGCUUACUUAAAUUUGUUUGCUGACCUAGAAAUGAUGCAAAAUCUUAAAUAUUUCUUCCUCAUUUUACAUGUUCUUGGGUUUUUGUUUUGAAAUCCUCAAACGUUUUAGUUAUUUCCUGGUUUACAUGAUCAAACCAAAUGAGGGCUCUGUGUUUUUUAUGAUUGAUGAUUUCAUUGUGAUAUCUCCAGCUGCGCUGACAUCGCGCACGCGUAAGCAGGAGAGAGAGUAACUCAUCACUGGUUUCCUCAGGAGUUCACAGUAGCUCAGGUGUUUCAAGCAGUGUUUGGUCAGCGUGCAGUAUUAUCCAUGGACAGGGUGACUCUGCAGAGGAGGGCUCAGACAGGCAGCUGACACAGAUCGGAGCGGGCCAUCCAACACAUUUCAGUCUGACGAGGAGGAGAAAGCCUCAAAAUGCAAAGAAGUCUCAAGCUUUUAUUUGUAAACGCACCAUGCAAAGACUCGAUGGCACCUGAUUGAAAGUCCAGUCCAUGUCAGACAUUUUCCAGACAAUCAGACUGUGGUGAAACAUCGCACAGGUUCAUCACUGACAUGAGACCAGCACUGCUGCUGAGGCUUGCAGGUGGCUUAACACAUUGUCUGGCAGCCAUAUUGGAUUCCUUCAGUUACCGUGCAACAGCUGAUUUAUCUCUAGCAAAAUGUUGAUCUGUUCUGUUCUGUGCACAUUUUAUGUUUAGAUAAUAUCCGCCUCUUGGCUGUCUGUGUGUCUGGUUACAUUACAAUCAGCCACAGCCACCGGACUCUAAGGACAAGGUCGGCCAUUUUCUAUACAAGCAGCAUUUUAAUUGCUGUCCAGUCAGAGACUAAAACCAGCAGUGAUUUUCCUCUGCUCACCACUGAUGUCCGUCAGUCCUGGGUUAAAUAAUCUGUCUGUGCCAUAGACUGCAGCCAUAACAGUUUACA